AUGGCGUACAACAGACCCUACAACCCCGAUGAACUUCCAAGGUUCGCGGAACCCGAGCAGAAGGGCGGCGCUGCCCCGGCACCUUCCCAGCAGCCUUCCCAGCAGCAUCCUCAGCAACACUCUCAGCCUCGCUACGAAAAUAAGCUUCCAGCCGUCCCUCGCGACGAGUACCACCGUCCCGAUCCUCGGAACGACCAUCGCCGACCCAGCCCCAACAUGUACGGCGUCAGCUCUCCUCCUCCGACAGGCAACCCCCGCCCGAACGCCCAGCCCCGGCCACCCCCCAACUCCCGGCCGCCUCCUUCUCCCGCUCCUGAUAUGAGCGCAGACGGCGCAGAUCCGACACUGCUGCCCCUAUUCCGAGCGGUCGAUAAGGAUGGCACUGGCCAGCUGUCCGAGCGGGAGCUGUCAACUGCCCUCGUCAACGGUGACUGGACUGCUUUCGACCCUCAGACAGUUCGCAUGAUGAUCCGCAUGUUCGAUUCCGAUCGCAGUGGCACUAUUGGAUUCGCCGAAUUUUGCGGCCUCUGGUCCUUCCUUGCGUCGUGGCGCACUCUGUUUGACCGAUUCGACGCCGACCGAUCUGGAAACAUUUCCCUCGGCGAGUUCACCAACGCCCUCGUUGCUUUCCGUUACCGUCUCAGCCCUGGUUUCGUCGAGCUUCUCUUCCGGACAUACGACAAGCGUGGGGAAGGUGUCAUGUCCUUCGAUCUCUUCGUCCAGGCUUGCAUUUCUCUGAAGCGCAUGACGGACGUGUUCAAGAAGUACGAUGACGACAGAGACGGUUACAUCACCCUCAGCUUCGAGGACUUUUUGACGGAGAUUCUCAAGCAGCUCAAGUAG